AGAGGCGGCCUCCCUCACAGAGGCGGCCUCCCUCACAGACGCUGCCUGGAACCCGCCGCCAAGCCCCCAGCAGGCGGCCCGCCUGGCGCCUCCCAGUCUUCGCACAAGCAGGGCCACGGUCUGGGGCCCCCAAGGCCGUUCACGCGGGCGCGCCCCGUCGAGGGCUAGCCUGUCAGCGCCUCACUCGCGGCCUCCUGCCCUAGACGACCGGCUCUGGGCGGCGCCGCUCCAACCCCACGCGCCCAGCUCGCCCGGGAAAGCGCGCGCCACCCUUUUAACGGUUCUACCCCGGCAGGCGUGCGGCUGCUCUCGAGGCUCAGCGCUCGAGGCCACGCCCCGCGCCCGCCCUGGGCCCGCCUCGUGCCCCUCGGAGCCGCCUCCCGCCCCGCCCCCCGCCCCUCGCCCCCCGCCCCUCGCCCCCCGCCGCCGCCACCGCGGUCAGCCAGCGGACCAGCGGCAGGAGCCGUUCCCCGACGGGCAGCAGGGCGCUCGGCCUCCGCGUGUGGGCUGAGCGCGGCGACGCUGCUGCCCCGAAAUCCUCGUGGAUUUUGAGUCGUAUGGAACCUCAAGGUCUUUGUGACAAUGGAAACCAAAAAAUUAAUUGGUAAACCGCUUCAACCAGCAAGACCUGUUCGUCAUCUGACUUCUCCCCCAGGAGCAGUGUUCCCUUUCAACUUUCAAAAUGAAUAUCCAUGCAACACUCAGUGCAUACAAAGUGGAGUUAGCAGAUGUAAGACGAAUGGAAUGCAAGCCUUUUCUCAAGGUCUUAAUGAGCAACAGCAACAGCAGUCUCCAGUUAAAAAAGAGAGAAUUAAAUACAGCAGAGAUUUCCUGUUGAAGCUCUCAAGUGUUUCCAUCUGCAGAAAAAAACCAGACUUUCUGCCUGAUCAUCCCAUUGUACUGCAAAAACCAGAAAACAACCAAAGUUUUAAGUAGCAUUUUAAGAACAGAUGAAUUUAAGUUUGGACAUCUGCAAAUGAGGUGGAUCUAGCAACAAUAACUGUAAUGGACUGUGACAAUUCAAUUUAUUCUUAAUUUUGAUGGUUGGCUAUUUGACUUCUCUAAAAAUGAGAAAGAGCUAUUUUAAAAUAUAAAGAAUUUUCUAAUCAGUUUCAGCUUUGCAGGAGGUUUCCUGCAUAAAUUGGGAAGUAACACUGGAAAGUAGGAAUUUGGUUAGUGAAGUGGGAAGACUGUAUAUUUAUAAUUUGCAUACUACUUGCAAUUUUUUGUUUUUCAUCACUUGUAAUAAUGGAAUGGAAAUGUAAGCUGUAAAGACUCUCAAAUAUAAAAUAUUUGCUACAGUGUAUAUAUGGUACAUAAUUGCUUGUUGCUUUUAAAGUUGCUUCUGUUGUUCUGCUUCCCACUGAUUUCAUACCAGCUCAUGAAUGGAUCAUUACAGUCUCUCCAGAGGCUUAGAAUGAUUCAGAAUGUUCAAUGCAUAGUUCUCAAUAAACAGGAGGCAGAAUUUUUAA